CGAGACGUUCAGCCAACAUCUGCGGGUUAUCAUUGUCUCUGCUCUUGUGUAGAAGUUCUUCUUGGCUUCAGGAUAUUCGAACGCAGUCUGCGUUUAAGUGGCAGAUUUCAUGAAGAGGACUAAAGACUUUCGAACCAGGUUAGAACAACCAGACGCAGAGAAUGGACAAGGUCGUGGAAAGCUUUCGGGUACGAACGCAGCAAUGGUUUCGCUUCUCCCACAUCAUCCAAAAUCUCUUGCUUUAGCGAAUGCAGACAAAGAGAAUCCUGAAGAGCACGACCACUUAAUAGAUAGGUUUCGAUCCGAUCUGCUCGAGGCUAUGAGGGGACAAAAUCGGCUAAUGAAACAUGAAUUGUGUAAUGCUCUGAAACUGCUAGAAAACAUCCUCCGGGUCAUAGACGUAUCUCAUGUUUAUUACCGAUUACUUAUGGCUGUAAAUAUAUUCAAAAAUGUAAAGGGUUCAAUUUCUGACAUUGAACGAGAGCAAGCAAAAACUGGAUUGUUCCCAUCACCCGACAAAUAUGUCGAAGAGACAACGAAGCUCAUAGCCGAAGUGGUGUCCGAAAUCCGCUCACUCGUUGGGAUGAAACAGCUACAUGAAGCAAUAGCAACAUCCUGGAAUUCGGUCACUGCUGAUCCUGAAAAGUUAUCAGACGUGAUCGUAGUUGGAAGAGAUGCUGAAACGUCAAGGGCUAAGCCAUCGGAUCUAGUGUCCAACGUGGUGAAGUCGACAUUGUCAGCUCUUGAAAUGCCGUCUACAUCAUGGCUCGAGGAGGAAGGCGAAGUGUCCUUUACUCCCACUGAGAUUCAAUGGCGAAGUCCUGAACAGGAGCGUCACGGCUAUUCUGCACCAGUAGCUCCUACACAGCAAAUUAGUGUCAACCAUAUAGCCGUAGUUGAUGGAGAAAUUGAUCAGCCCUCAUCGUCACACCGUGGCGCUGUACUCAAAUGUGCUGAUAUCAUGGAUUCGUUACUGAUAUUCUUCCCGGAAAAUCAUGAAACAAUCACCAAACAUCUUUUUGAUCUGAUUGCAUCAGACAAAACUAGCAACGAGCUGCAAGGAGAGUUGAUCGAUCUUCUUGGAUUUGAACAGUUUGAGAUGGUGGGUCAAAUACUGGAAGCCCGUUAUCAACUAGCAGAUGAGAUGAAGGCGGCAAAAGACAAGGCGAACACGUUGUCAAAAUACGCUCCGGAAAAGCUGGUACCAUUACGAAAUGAUGGUCCUAUCUACUGCCAACAGGUACUGGUACAAACUAAAGCUGAGGCGGAUAUGCGAAGAGAAAUUCGAAAGGAACAGAAACGAGCAAAGAAAGAGUUGAAUCGAAUACAACAUGCUUUUGGUGAUGAAGAGAAACUAGAGCUUGAAUUGGCACAAAGAGAGAUACUUCGGAUGCGACAGCUCGAAAUGGAUCAGCUCAAGUGGACUCCCACGAUGAAGGGUGUGAAUCGUCCUCGUGAAAUCUAUCCUUACGUAUUCGACGCUUGCAUAGAUAGCGGGUCCGCCAUGAUAACCAUAAAUGGCAUGAAGUACGCGUUACCAGAAGGUUCAACGAGAGAAAGCUUCCGUACACAUGAAGACGUCGAAGUGCCGCCAAUGAAUGCUGGCUCGAUUGGUGAUGUACAGCACGUGUUUGUCAAGGACAUGGAUGAUCUUGGACAACUCGGAUUCCAAGGGUUUGAGAAACUUAAUGUGAUCCAAAGUAUUGUUUUUGAGCAGGCAUACAAGACCAAGGAAAACCUGCUCAUCUGUGCACCCACUGGCGCUGGUAAAACGAACAUCGCCAUGCUUGCAAUUCUCAACACUAUCCAUGAGCAUAGAAUGUUGAAUGGAGAAAUUGCUAAGGACGAUUUUAAGAUCAUUUACAUAGCUCCUAUGAAAGCGCUGGCUACUGAGAUGACAGACGGUUUUGGAAAAAGGCUAGCACCCUUAGGGCUGAAAGUUCGUGAGCUUACUGGUGAUACCACUUUGACGAAGAAGGAGCUAUCAGAAACGCAGAUGUUGGUGCUUACCCCCGAAAAGUGGGAUGUGGUAACCAGAAAAGGUGCUAGCGACAAUUCUCUAACAUCUUUAGUGAGAUUACUGAUUAUUGAUGAGGUCCACUUACUGCAUGAUGAUCGUGGUCCGGUUAUCGAAACUAUAGUUGCUAGAACGUUGAGGCAGGUCGAAAUGUCACAGACAGGUAUACGCAUAGUAGGUCUAUCAGCUACAUUACCCAAUUAUGUUGAUGUGGCUCGAUUCCUACGUGUCAAUCCCUACAAGGGUUUGUUCUACUUCGAUGGGCGAUUUCGGCCUGUUCCACUCACUCAGAAGUUUAUCGGCGUCAAGAAAGUUGGUGGUGUUCGAGAUGUACAAGAAGCGAUGAACGACGUUUGCUACGAUGAAGUUUUGAGCUAUGUAAGGAAAGGUCAUCAAGUGUUGGUAUUUGUCCAUGCAAGGAACGCGACAGCAAAUUUGGCGCAGGCUUUCCGCGAACGAGCUGCUCAACUUGGUCACCUAGAGUUGUUUGUUCCUCCAACGGCUGGCACGAAAAAUUAUGUGCAAGCGGAGAAAUCGGUACAAGCGUCAAGGAAUCACAAAUUAUUUGAGUUUUUCCGCUUUGGUCUUGGAGUUCAUCAUGCUGGACUUGUGCGGCAUGAUCGUAUUUUGAUGGAGAGGGUUUUCCAUCAAGGGCACAUAAUGGUGCUCUUUUGUACUGCAACACUUGCAUGGGGAGUGAAUCUACCUGCACAUGCUGUAGUCAUUCGGGGCACAGAAGUCUUUGAUGCCGAAAAGGGACAGUUCACUGACCUCGGCGUCCUUGAUGUCCAGCAGAUUUUCGGAAGAGCAGGUCGUCCACAGUUUGAGAAUGAAGGACAUGGUAUCAUAAUCACUUCGCAAAAUAAACUUGACAAGUAUCUUGGUAUGCUGAUACGGCAAGCUCCGAUCGAAAGUCAAUUUUUCAAACGCAUCCAUGACAACUUGAAUGCAGAAAUCGCACUGGGGACCGUUUCAAACAUCGAUGAAGCUGUUGAAUGGCUCACCUACACAUACUACUAUACUAGAGCUACGCAAAACCCUAUAGCCUAUGGCUUACCGCACACAAUUUUGGAUAGAGAUCCGGAUCUGCGCGAACAUCUUACUCGUAUGGUAACAGAAGUUGCAGUGAAAUUAGAUCAGAAUCAAAUGAUUAGAUUUGAUAGCACAAAUGCUUACGUUCAUGCGACAGAUCUUGGACGCAUCGCAUCCAACUUUUAUGUCAAGUACGAGACUAUAGAGAUGCUAAAUGAAACAGGUCUCCCGGUUUCCUUGAGUGAUUUCAUGCCAGAUGACAUGGUCAUAGCUUUGAUAUCUAUGGCAAAGGAAUUUAGUCAGUUGAAGGUUCGUGAAGAAGAGUGCCUUGAUCUUGAAGAACUGAUAAGCUGUGGCUGCGUCUUACCCCUGCGAGGCGGGGGACUAGCUAGUGUUGCCGGAAAAGUCAAUGUGCUUUUGCAAAGUUAUAUCUCGCGGACAUUCGUUCGCAGCUUCUCCUUGUCAUCGGAAUCGCUCUAUGUCCAGCAGAAUGCCAGCCGUCUCUGUAGAGCUGUUUUUGAGAUUGUACUGCGCAGAGGUUGGGCACAAGCUGCGAAUGCUUUUCUUACGAUGUCCAAGUCCAUAGAGAAAAGGGUUUGGCCAACGCAGAGUAGUCUUAGACAAUUAGAAGAGUUUCUUACCAUAACUCUUAUUGAGAAAGUGGAAAGGAGGAAGCUCACGGAAUCCCAAUUGCUGGACCUUUCUGCAAAGGAGUUGGGACACAUGUUCAGCUGUGAUGGUGAAAAGCUUUACCAGACCAUGCGAAUGUUACCACGGGUAGAGGUGGACGCUACUCUCAAACCUAUUACUUACACUAUAAUGCAAGUGUCAGCAACGCUCACUCCAGCGUUCAUCUGGAAUGAUCGCUUGCUUGGCAAAAAUGGAGCGCAGUCAUUUUGGUUGACGUUGGAGAAUAUAGAUGAGAAUCUCAUAGUUCAUCAGGAAAGAAUAGCUAUCAAUAAGAAGAAGGUGCGAAUGGGUGAAUCGCAAAACCUUAUCUUCACCAUUCCAAUUAGAGAUCACCAGUUGACCAAUGUCUUUCAACUACGGGUUGCUAGCGAGUAUUUUCUGGUUGAUGACACUGUGGUGGCGCUAUCUAUGCAUAAUUGUAUAUUACCGAAAUCUUACAAGGCUCAUACAGAUCUCCUACCUCUUGACCCAUUACCAGUAAAGGCCAUUGGAAAUGAGCUGUUUGAGUCUAUAUACAAUUUCUCAUACUUCAACCCCAUACAAACUCAGGUAUUCCAUUGCUUGUAUCAAACGGAUGAGAAUGUACUAAUCGGAGCACCGACUGGUUCUGGAAAAACACUCUGUGCCGAGUUGGCUAUGUUCAGAUUGUUGCAGAAGUAUCCGGGAAAGAAGUGUGUGUACAUUGCACCACUGAAAGCUCUUGUCAGAGAACGCGUUAGCGAUUGGCGUGAGAAAUUCGAGAAGAAAAUGGGAUACAAGGUGGUGGAAGUUUCUGGUGACUACACACCAGAUGUGGCCGUUCUCAACGCAGCUCCAAUCAUGAUUACCACUCCUGAGAAGUGGGAUGGUAUCACAAGGAGUUGGGCUACUCGUGAAUAUGUCCGUCAGGUUCAACUCAUCAUUAUCGAUGAAAUUCACCUUUUGGGUGUGGAUCGAGGCGCUGUGUUGGAAGCUAUAAUAACGAGGCUCAAACUACUGACAAGAAGAUCAUGCGUGCGAGAUUCUCCUGCUCGGUUGCUGGGACUUUCCACAGCUCUUGCUAAUGCCGGAGAUGUUGCUGAGUGGUUAGGGAUCCAUGAUGAUGGACUCUUCAACUUCCGACCAUCUGUUCGACCUGUCCCAGUAGAUGUACAUAUCCAAGGCUUCCCUGGACAGCAUUACUGCCCUAGAAUGGCGCUGAUGAAUAAGCCGGCCUUCAAAGCCAUUAUCUCUUACUCUCCACUAAAGCCAGUGCUAGUAUUUGUGGCAUCGCGAAGGCAAACGAGGCUGACUGCUAUGGCCUUCAUAAGCCAUUUGGUUACCGAAAGUGACCCGAGGCAGUGGCUCCACAUUGAUAUGGCUGAGCUAGAGGUUUUGCUACAAUCGGUAAAAGAUGAGAACUUGAAGCUUACACUACCAUUCGGUAUCGGUAUGCAUCAUGCUGGUCUGAGUCCGCACGAGAGGGCGCUAGUGGAGGAGCUCUAUGUCGAGAAGAAAAUCCAAGUAUUAAUUGCGACAGCUACUCUGGCUUGGGGAAUUAACAUGCCUGCUCAUCUGGUGAUUGUCAAAGGAACAGAGUAUUAUGAUGGGAAAACUUGCAAAUAUGUGGACUUCCCCGUCACUGAUGUUUUGCAAAUGAUGGGACGCGCAGGACGGCCACAGUACGACACGAGUGCAGUUGCUGUGAUAUUCGUGCAAGAUAUCAAGAAGACUUUCUACAAGCGAUUCCUGUAUGAACCCUUCCCGGUGGAGUCAAGCCUGCUUCCGGUCUUAGCUAACCAUGUCAACGCCGAAAUCAAUGCGGGUACAAUCACUAGCAAACAGGAGAUUAUGGAAUACCUGGCUGGUACUUAUCUCUACAGACGGUUGUUUGCAAAUCCAAAUUUCUACGGGUUAGAAGACUUAUCUGAGGAGUCCCUGAUAAAAUAUCUAGUCGCUGUUGUUGAUGGGUGUGUGAUGGAUCUCCAGUAUUCGAAGUGUAUCAUUAUCGAUGAGGAGACGGAAACCUUGCGACCCUCACCUUUUGGAAGAAUUGCUAGCAUUUAUUAUCUGCGCCAUGAAACAAUGAAGUUUUUGGUAGAAAAGUUAGGCCGCGAAGAUUCCAUAGAGGACUUGCUGAAGACUCUAUCGCAUGUUCCCGAAUACGACGAGAUACCAGUGCGACAUAAUGAGGAUGUUACGAAUACGCAAUUGCAGCGGAAGCUAAGAAUCCGAUUUGCAACCAGUGUUAUGGACUCGUCACAUACAAAGGCUCAUCUUCUUUUCCAGGCACAUUUCUCUCGAACCGACAUACCUACUGAUUAUCGCACGGAUUUGAAAAGUGUACUUGACCAGUGCGUACGAAUAUUACAGGCUAUGCGCGAUGUCUGUCAGCUCAAUGGAUGGCUAUCAACAGUGCUGCGAAUAACGAUUCUGCAGCAAAUGUGUCAUUCUGGACGAUGGCAUGACGAUCACCCUUUGCUGUGCCUGCCUCAGCUCAAAAGCUACGAUGCCGAGAGAAUAGGGGAGCGAGUCACCAUACCUCUACUCCAAGACAAGUUUGGCGUGGAAAAAGCUUCCGGGUCAGAUAUGGUAGAAAAACGCGCGAAGAAUGUGUUACUUGAGAGCACGACACUCGAGGAACUGGAAAUCAGAGACGUGGUUCGCGCCUUGUGUAGAUGGCCUAUCUUAUCCAUUAGUGGACUUCGGAUAUGCAAGGGUACGAAAGAAAUUCGAGUGAUGAUGAAUGACGAAUGGAUACGGCUGGAACACAACAGCCAUUACAAACUGCAGUUUCAUGCAAGCAUGUUGGGGCCAAAUAGGUUUAACACGGAAGCUUAUCUUACCCAAUGGUCUAAAGAAAAAACAGCUAGCUGGAUAGUAAUAAUUGGUGAAAAAGACAAUGAUCGAUUGAUAUCGAUCAACCAUGUGAAUGCAAUCCAAGGCAACAGAACUAUUCGGCUGGACUUCGUCACCCCAGACAAGAAGGGACGAUGCUACAUGACAGUAUUCAUUAUAAAAACUUUAAGGAGACACUUGGUUUUACUAACUAAAAAUAUGAAGUUAAGUCCGAUAGCCUAUGCUCAACAUUAUCGAUUACUAGUAGUUGGUGGAGGUGCUGCCGGAAUGGGUGCUAGUCACAAAUUCGCGAGAAGAUUGCCGAAGAAAAGCGUUGCAGUGGUAGAACCGAGCGAGACCCAUUACUACCAACCCGGUUUCACGCUGGUCGGCGGCGGUUACACUCCUGUCGAAUAUCACACUCGUCAAGAAAAGGAUCUCAUCCACCCCAAUACUGUCUGGGUAAAAGAUAGAGUCGAAAAAUUCGAACCAAAGAAGAAUUCAGUUACUUUGAGUAGUGGAGAAGAAAUAACUUAUGAUUUUAUGAUUAUAGCCACAGGCUGCCAAUUACGAUUCGAUUUGAUUAAAGGCCUACCGGAAGGACUUGAUACACCCGGAGUAUGCUCAAACUAUUCACCUUUUCACUGUACAAAAACAUUCAAGGAACUCAGUACCGUAACGUCAGGAAACUGCGUAUUCACUUUUCCCAAUGCACCAAUCAAAUGUGCUGGUGCUCCACAGAAAGUACUCUACUAUGGCGAAGAUAUUGUCAAAGAACGAGGCUAUCGGGAUAAAACUAACUUCAUCUAUGCUACCUCAUUACCAAGGCUGUUCGGCGUGGAAGCCUACCUCCCCACUUUACAAAAAAUUGCCAAAGAAAAGAAUAUUGACAUACGAACAAGACAUAAUCUUAUCGAAGUGGAUACAAAAAAUAAAAUUGCCAAAUUUGAACUUCUUGAUGAGAAUGCGAAACCAAAUGGGAAAUUUGACGAAAUACCAUACUCGCUAUUGCAUGUCGGACCACCAUGUUCAACUCCUCCAGCCGUGAGGAACUGUAAGGAGAUCGUCGACGAAACUGGAUGGGUCAAUGUCGAUCCUGAGACGUUGAGGGUGAAAAACUUCACCAACAUUUUUGCUGCCGGCGACUGUAUGAACACACCAAAUGCGAAGACGGCUGCCGCUGUAUCUAGCCAUCUGAAGACGAUUGACAAAAACCUGACAGCUGCUAUGGAAGGAAAAGAAUUGCCCGCAAAGUACGAUGGCUACGCGUCCUGUCCAAUAAUAGUGGGUAGACGCCGUGGAAUGCUGGCUGAGUUUAACUCCAAAGGACCUAUGGAAACAUUACCGAUCAAUCAAGCGAAACCAGGAUUUUACGCUUUCCUCAUGAAACGAUACCUCAUGGCAUUUCUCUACUGGAACUUCUUAGUGAAGGGAUGGUGGAAUGGUCCGUCCACAAUCCGAAAAAUCCUACACUUAGGCUUUGUGCCUAAGCAAAAGUGAUCUAAUUUAUGUUGA